UUAAUGUCAACGCGAAAAAAAAAGUGAUAUCAUAUACUGUAAUUCCUUAAGUUGCAAUUGUAUUUACGAACAGUGUGGAAACACCGUCCUUUUAAACUUAGUUGCAAACAGCAUUGACCGUUUCAUCAGCAGGACAGCUCUUCCAUCAAGGGAGGAGCGUGCACAUGCAGAGCCCACCUCUGCUGAAGUAUUUUUGUGAUAAACGCAGGAAAAAAGGAUUAAAUAAGAUGUGCAAAACUCAAUAGAAGUCGUUAGACAGGGCUAGCACAUACACAAGACAAGCCAAACUGGGACUUCAGGAGUUCAGUAAAGGCACUAAACUGACCAUGCUGCUACGAAGGCUGACCCUGUGUUCUAGGAUCCCUUUGGAUUACCCGAGACGAGUUUGUGGGUUUCUCACCAGACCACUGACACAAGUUCCCAAGCGGAGGGCCCAUGGGAACCCCUUUGCACACCGUGGUGAACUGCAUCAGGCCAAGAGGGUCGUGGUGAAGCUUGGCAGUGCUGUGGUCACCCGUGGUGAUGAAUGUGGCCUGGCUCUGGGGAGGCUCGCCUCCAUCGUGGAGCAGGUGGCCAUGCUGCAGAAUCAAGGCAGGGAGAUGAUGAUUGUCACCAGUGGAGCGGUGGCAUUUGGCAAGCAAAGAUUAAGACAUGAGAUCCUGCUGUCCCAGAGUGUCCGACAGGCGUUGCACUCAGGACACAAUCAGCUCAAUGACAUGUCUGUGCCGGUGCUGGAGGCCCGGGCCUGUGCUGCUGCUGGACAGAGUGGGUUAAUGGCGCUGUAUGAGGCCAUGUUCACCCAAUACAGCACCUGCACUGCACAGGUCCUGGUUACAAAUCUAGAUUUCCACGAUGACCAAAAGAGGCAGAAUCUGAACAGCACUCUGCAGGAGCUGCUGCGUAUGAACAUCGUGCCCAUCAUCAACACCAACGACGCUGUGGUGCCCCCGCCGGAGCCCAACAGCGACCUGCAGGGGGUGAUCAGCAUUAAGGACAAUGACAGUCUGGCAGCACGGCUAGCUGUGGAGAUGAAGGCUGACCUCCUUAUAGCGCUGUCUGACGUGGAAGGUCUGUUCAACAGCCCCCCUGGAACAGAUGACGCCAAGCUCCUUGACAUCUUCUACCCCGGGGACCAGCACACCAUCACAUAUGGCACAAAGUCCAGAGUUGGGCUUGGAGGCAUGGAGGCCAAGGUCAAGGCUGCCCUGUGGGCUCUGCAAGGUGGCACCUCAGUGGUCAUCGCCAACGGCAUCCACCCUAAAGUAACAGGUCAUGUGAUCACCGACAUUGUGGAGGGCAAGAAGGUUGGAACCUUCUUCUCCGAGAUCAAACCUGCAGGCCCAACUCUGGAGCAUCAGACAGAAGUGGCACGUAACUCUGGAAGAACGCUGGCAUCUCUGCUCCCAGACAAGAGGAGUGAGAUCAUCUGCCAUCUAGCAGAGCUGUUGACUGAAAGACAGGAAGAGAUUCUGGCUGCCAAUAAAAUGGACAUGGACCUGGCUGUAAAUACAGGCCUUCUGCCAGCAGCCAUGCUGAAGCGUCUGAGCUUAUCUCCUGCCAAACUGAACAGCCUGGCGCUCGGCCUGCAUCAGAUCGCUGUGACCGCCCAGGACAGUGUGGGUCGUGUGCUGCGCAGAACCAGGGUGGCUCACAACCUGGAGCUGGAGCAGAUCACUGUGCCCAUUGGAGUUCUUCUCGUCAUCUUCGAGGCCCGGCCCGACUGUCUGCCACAGGUGUCAGCAUUGGCAAUAGCCAGUGGCAACGCCCUCCUGCUGAAGGGAGGCAAGGAGGCCGCCAAUACCAACAGAGUCCUCCACCAGCUCACCCAGGAAGCCCUUUCCAUGCACGCAGUCAAAGAGGCAGUACAGCUGGUGAGCACUCGUGAGGAGGUGGAGGAUCUCUGCCGUCUGGACAAGAUGAUCGACUUGAUCAUCCCUCGAGGUUCAUCCCAGCUGGUGAAAACCAUUCAGCGGGCGGCAAAGGGGAUCCCCGUGCUGGGUCACAGUGAGGGAAUCUGCCAUGUCUAUGUUGAUGCGGAAGCCAGCGUUGACAAAGUCAUCAAAAUUGUCAGAGACUCCAAGUGCGACUACCCGGCUGCCUGUAAUGCGAUGGAGAGUCUUCUGAUUCACAGAGACAUCCUCAGGACUCCACUGUUCGACCAGGUCAUUGAAAUGUUUCGCACUGAACGGGUGAAGAUUCAUGCAGGCCCCCGCCUCGCUUCCUACCUGACAUUCAGCCCGUCCGAGGCAAAGUCCCUGCGGGCAGAGUACGGUGACCUGGAGUGCUGCAUGGAGGUGGUGGACAGCAUGCAAGAGGCCGUGGACCAUAUUCACAAGUAUGGCAGCUCGCACACAGACGUGAUCAUCACAGAGAAUGAGGACACGGCAGAGCAGUUCCUGCAGCUGCUGGACAGCGCCUGUGUUUUCUGGAACGCAAGCUCGCGUUUCGCUGAUGGCUACCGCUUUGGACUGGGAGCGGAGGUUGGAAUUAGCACUGCUCGUAUCCAUGCCCGGGGCCCUGUCGGCCUGGAAGGGCUGCUCACCACAAAGUGGGUCCUGAGAGGGGAUGGGCAUACAGCAGCAGACUUCUCUGAGCAGGGUACCAUGAAGUACCUCCAUGAAAGCCUGCCUGUUGGGAAGCCUCUUGCUGGGCAGCGGGACAGCAACUAGACCAGAGAACACUUGCAUCACUCACUUGGCCUUAACAUUAGUCAAAAUGGUUUGCGUCGCCCAGCAGCAGCUCUGUCUGGGACUGUGUUGCAGUUGAUGACUGAUGUCCCUGUUUUACACCUUUUUUGAAGCACACUGCAUGGAGAGAGAGAAGCUUAACCCACCAAUGGUCCUUUUUAUCAGCACAAGCUGAAAGUUGUUCCUGUUCCGACGUCAUACUGUUAAUGAGAGUUUUAAAUUCUACCUCAACUUUUGGUUCUAUUAUAGGAAUGAGGUAAAUCACUUCCAUAGUCUGCUGCUGGAGAUGUAAUGUGGAUAUAACAACACAAUACCCUCAGAAUAGCACAUUAAAAAAACGAAUGGAAUUAACUGAUUACUGUGAAAGGCAGUAUUAAUGCAUACUUUUUAUCACACAUGUAUCAAAGAAAACUGAAGUUUUAUUUAAAAAAACAUUUAAUAAGUAAAUCUCAGGCUGUUUUUAAAACUGAUACUAACAUAAAUGGUAUUUAUUUGAUACUUGAAAUGUGUAAAAAGAAAAAGAUUUAAUACUAUGAGUCAAUGGUGCAAAAGUUAUUUAUUGUCAUAAGCACAAGAAUUACAGAUCAUUUGCAAAGGAAACACCUUAGAUCUCAGGCUCCUUCAAACAAAGCUCAUUUUUUCACUUAGUGUUCCAACCUUCAUAAAGCCUCUGAAAUCGUAAUAUAUCUGGUCAAUGAUCAGCACACUAGCAAUUCUCUCUAGCCAAUAAAACCGGGUAUAAUGGUGAUGGGCUCGUUGUAGCUUAUAUCUUAAAUUGAUUUAAUAUUGUAUAUCAAAGUACAUUUCCUGCUAUAAUUGUACAUAAUCUAUAAAUAUAAGGUCCAAUUUCAUUUAGCUGACUGCUUACGGUGCUACCAAAAAGAAGGAUGAUGCAGAGUAUACUGUAAGUGCUGUCUGUGUUCCUACAGUAUACUAUCCAGUUUUCCAUUUUUCUUGCUGUAAUUUCAGGUUGUAUGCUUCUGAAUACACGGGUGUUUUAAUUAGAUGUGGUACUUGUCCAGGUAAAUUCAUUUCAUACAUAAAACUAGUAACACUAAAUGUUGGCAUUUAUGAGAAAAUGAAUUCCUCAGUCUUACCUGGUGUGAUUAUGAUUUUAUUAGAUGUUAAUUUGGUAAGAUUGUAUAAAGAACAUUUAUACAAAAGUACACAAGACCCUAUUACUGUUUCAUAGCAAUGUGAGUUUGAAUACUAUGCAUCCAUUUUAUGUAGUUUUUUAAAUUUAUUUAGUCAUUGUUACAAGUUGAGCUCAUUUUCCAUGCUUUGCUGCUUGCCUGCUUGUUCAUUGUGGCGCCCAGAGCCUCUGUCAGAGCUGAACAGUAAUUGACAAGCUGCCUCCUUCAAGCUGGAGGGGAAAACGCGACUGCUUUUAAAUCAAGCGUUGUUACAUUCCAGCCUCUGAGCUCCCAUCUGAUGUCUUGCAAUGCACACUUAAGGGUUGUAUAAUAGCAGUAUUGUAGAAUAAAAUUUAAAAAAUGUCAAAAAAAUAAUAUUUGGAUUUUUUUUCUUACUUUCUUUGAUUUUAGCACUUGAAAUGUUGAGGAUUUUUACUCGUAUGAUCAUCUCUGUCUUGGCACUAGUCUUUCUACUUUCACAAAGAACACAAAUUAAUGGGGGAAAAAAGUUGUGCUCAUCUGAAUAGCAGAUGUCUA